AUGUAUGCGCGUUCUGGCCUUGGUCGUGGCAGCACUACCGGCAUCGAGGAUGACGGAGACGACGAAGACGAGGAUGAAGAUGAAGCAAACGAAGAGGACCUCGACGAAGACCCUGUACGCGUCACUGUCGUCUCGGUCAGGGACUACGACUAUGAGGAAGAGGCGUACUUGGAGACGCAGGACUGGACAGCCCUCGCGACUGCUGCGAAGCCAUUGCACGACGGACAAGAGGGCGACUAUGAGGAGGAGUAUGCAGACCAUUUCUCGGCUGAGCCCCUGUCCAGUACCUUUAGCGCCCACUAUUCGACGGCGACGCACGCUAUUGAGAGCAUCGAGAGCAGCACGGCAAGCCUUUCUAGCAACGGCAGUGCGAGCCAGGAAGAGACGCAAUGGUUCGAGCACGUAUUUGAAAGUCUCAGCGCCGAAGAGCAAGAUAAGGAGCAGGAGGUGGCCGCUGCAAUUGGCGUUGAGGGUCACGAGGAAGACAACGAUGAUCGCGAAGCUGCCUUGCGACGCCUCCUAUCGGAAGAGAUCUGGCCAUCGUCGAGCAUCGUGUGGGACGAGGAGCUUCCCUCGCUCAUCCACGAUGGCUCAGACGAAGGCGAAGAUAGCGAUUCGGAAGACGAACGGUCGACUUCGUAUGCCUCAUCGCCGCCCUCAGAUUCGCCAAUCGCAAUGGCAAAGAACGUCCGAGAAGAGCGUCACCAACAUCAUUAUACCACGUUUCCAUCCAGUGUAGACCAGUCCUUGCUUCUGUAG